GGCUGGUUUAACGCGCAACAACCUGGAUCUGAAGUUGUCCAUUUAUGACGCCCGGCAAACCUUUCGGUGUGGACUCAGAUCUUCCUCUCGGGUUUGAAAAGCGUGUAUAUAUGCCAUCUCGCGUCCGGGACCCGCUAGGCCUCCUCUCCAGUGGAACGCCAUACUACGACUGCCUGCUGUCUGCUCGGCAAAUGCCGAGGGAGGUCAAAAGAACUCCAUCAGCUCUUGGCUUUCACUCAUUUCAUUGCUUCUCGAUCUGGCUGUCUGUGCAUGCCUCUCAAGGCUCUGAGGCGGGUAGACGAUGUGGAGUUCUCAGAUGCAGCAGCGAACUGAGGGUGUUUCUACGGAGCUGAGCCUGAGGUCGGGCGCGGAGGAGGGUGCUACGAAACAUGAUCAGCAGACCUCUGCGGUCCUCCCGCAUGGUCCCACCGCAUAUUCCUUCGUCCGCCACUCGCAGCAGCCGCAGCAGCUGGUGCCUGUAGAAUCCCCAGAUGCUCCUCCUCUCGACGGCGGCAUGAAGUGGGAUAGGAUCCAGACCACCGUGAUCGCCAAACCUCCCAGACACUCAGCGUCUCAGCGGCUCGCUCUGAAAGAGCAAGUUCUGAGGGCUUUCGACGAAGCCGAGGAUCAGUUGGAGCUCAACAAACGGAUGGUCAAGUCACUGAACGAUGCUCACAAUCAAUACCAGCGACUGAAAAAGAUAUUUCGGAAGGGAGAGGAGAGGUGGAUGAUGGAAGCGCGCACCUUCCAGAAACGUGAGCUGGAAUGGCAAGCCAAAUUUUCCUUCCUUGAAAAGCGAGAACAGGAAUUGCAGCACCAGCUGAGUAUCAAUCAGAAGGUGUUGAAGGCCCUUCGGAUGCACGAGGCUUUCGCCUUCACCAAGACCGAUGCUCAGAUCGGAGCGACUUUGGGCAAUGCCGGUUCAAACUGCCCCCAAUGCACCUGUCCUCAUUGUAAGAAAUCGAUUCAUGAUGUGGUCGACCUGUCGGAUUCUGAAGAAGACGCUGCCAAGCGUAGUGAGAAACCUCGAAUCUCCUGAGACUUCUUUUCCUCCCAUCAAACAGGUGGGCAUGUAUCAUUUUGCUAGACAUUCCUUUUAGAAAGAAAGUAAUUCACUUUGAAUAGUGUCCAGGCUCAGAGAUUACUCAGUUUUUAGUCUGAAGUUGAAUUCAUUGUGAGUAAUGUGAAGUUGACAUCUCACUGGGGUUCCAGAAGAGAUGCAUGUUAUUUGGUACCUUUCCAAUCAAUCGUCACUCUAAAGCAGUAAAUCAAAGUUCUAU